CCUACUCUCACACUUUACUAACUCACGCUAUCUCUAAACAAAGUUUAUAUCCUAGGAGACCCGUAAACGAAAUUUGGAAGGAUCAUCCAGUGUCUGAACUACAUGGACUAUUAACAAAGAAUUAAUUAAAUCAGAGUCCUCCAAGUAAACACUGACCGAGAAAGAUGAUCCUCCGUCCAUCCUACAAACUACUCUCUGCUCUACGUCACAUACCCAGCUACCCAACAUUCUUAUCCAGAGCGCUAGUUUCGGUAACAGUGAAUCCAGAAAAGGGUUUGGUUGAUGAGCAAUUGUCUGUGAGUGUUUCUGGUUUGAAACCUGAAGAAAAUGUCACAGUCAGUGCCACAAUCGAACAGAGCUCAAAGAAAAGAGAAACCGUUUUCAGGUCUUUCGGACAUUUCAAAGCUUCAGUUGACGGAUGUGUUAAUCUGGUCACUGACCCAUGUUUAGCUGGGACCUACACUGGAAUUGAUCCCAUGGGAUUAUUUUGGAGUAUGACUCAAGUAGUUGGAAAACAUGGUAGAAUUAAUAUUGAUGAUGCCACCAAAUCUUUGGAUUACACUGUGAUGGUCCACCCUGGUCGUAUCUCACAACAUUCCAAUCUUUUUUCUCAUAUUAAACCAUUAGGAACAAAGUUGGUUCGACGAUCGUUUAUGAGAUCUGGUGUCCGCAAAAUCACAGUUAACUACGGAAGACUUCGGGGUAGUUUAUUCAUACCAAGUGACGAAACGACCAACAGACAACGGCGACGAUAUCCUGCUGUGAUAGACCUGUUUGGUAAUGUUGGUUCUUUGAUAGAAUCCAGAGGGGCUCUGUUAGCGUCCCAUGGAUUUAUUACUUUAAGUUUGGCCUAUAUUGCAUAUAAAGACUUACCUCCAAUUGCCACAGAGGUUGAUUUUGAAUAUUUCGAAGAGGCUAUUGAGUGGCUUAUUAACCAUGAGCAGGUUUCCAGUGAGAAAGGUAUAGGUGUUCUAGGGGCAUCUCUGGGAGGGAUAAUAGCUGUAUACAUGGCGAAAGAGUGUCCGCAAGUAAGCGCUGUUAUAAGUAUUAAUGGUCUCCCAAACUUCUUUAUUUAUGGUAUCCGCCAUAAUGGUAAACAGGUGCCAUAUCGCUCUUCAACAGUCUAUGGCCUUUCUGUAAUGAAGGAUGAUGGAUUUAUAAGUACAAAUUGGAAAAUAGAGGAAUCUAAGUCGUUUUAUUUAGAUGAGACUUCCCAUAGUAAAGUACUGCUUUUAGUUGGUGGUGACGACAAAUUAUAUGACACUAGUGACUAUUUCUUCUGGUUCAACAACUUAACACCUGCGAAAAAAAGGGAUGUUGAAUUAAUUAUAUACGAAGGUGCUGGUCACAUCAUUGAAGCUCCAUACACACCAUUGUUUAACCGUAUUUAUCAUCCGAAACUCGGGCAGCCUGUUAUUUAUGGGGGUUACCCUCAACAACAUGCUGAGGCACAAGAAAAGUCCUGGUUAAAAAUCAGGGAAUUUUUUACCAAAAAUCUAUAAAAAUUUCGACUGAUUCUUAUUGGUGUUUAUAUCAGUUUGCAAUACAUCAAAUAUUUAUGAUUGCACCUGUCAGCUUGAUGCAGGGAAUUCGCUAAUUAUUUGAUCACCAUAAUAAUUAUUUAAUCUCCAUAAAUUAGCUAUUUGUGCCGGUUGACCAGCAAAAAAUUGCAGAAGCGUCUUUCUCACACCUGAAAGACUACCAAUAUAUUAGAGACAAUAAUACUUACGAUGGAUGUUUGCAUUAUAAAAGUAGGGGUGGUCACAGAUGAGUUGAUAUCAGAAGGGCUAACACAUUAGCCUAUAAAUUGGCGAUGUCCGACCAAAAUAUUCUAGAUGUUUUAUAUUCAAACUGGACACAUUUAACUUCUCACACCUACCCUACAAUGUCAUUCUAAAAAUAAACAAUCACAUCAUUGAAAUCUCAAAGCUAUGAGAUAAUGCAUGAUUAAUUAAAAACA